UAUACAGAAUAUAAUGAGCCACACGAAAGUCGUACAAAUAACGAUAUAAUGGAAACACUUCAACGAAAAGAAUGUAAACAGGGAGCGGGUGUUGAUUCUGAUGAUGAUUUUUCUCCUCCACCAACCCCAACAGGAUUAAUUAAUUCAAAUGCUGAUUUGGCAGCUACUGUUGCUUUAGCUGCUGCCCAUCAUCAUCAUAACGGGGGUGGAGGUAAUUCUGUAUUAGCUCAACAAAUGGCAAUGUUAGGCCAACAACAAAAUAAUGGGGGAAAUGGUAAUGGAGGAGGGGGAUUUGCUGCUGCUAAUGCUUUAGCGGCAGCUGCUCAAUAUGCAAAUGGAGGGGGAAGUGGAGGCGAUCCUUCACCAACAGGAGUGCCACCCCCACCCUAUUCAGACUUUAACGGUGUUCAAAACAUAGCACAACACAUUUUUGGCCAAAACAAUGUUUUUCUGGGAGCAUCUGUUGCAAGACAACAACAACAACAAAUACAGCAACAACAACCACCAAGAAUUGUACAUCAGCUUUUCGCCUCAACUUCUUCUUCCUCUGGUUCCUCUUCCGGUGCAUUAGUACCCAAUACGUGUGCAUAUUCACCUAAUUCAUCGACAACGACUGCUCCCGUUCUUGGACAUUCUUUAACCGCCGGAACUGUUGACCCAUUAAUUCAUCAACAGCAACAACAAUUAAUAAGUAGAGAUAGUAGUCCACAAUACCAACAAUUACACAGCAGUGGACAUCAACGGCCAGCUUCAACGCCUUACGGGUUGUUACCUCCUUCGUCAUUGCCACCUCAAUCAUUAACACCACAACCUCAAAUGAUGAUGAGUGGAGGAGGAGGACAUCACGGUUCAAUGGAACAAUGGCUAUAUGAACACCAACAACUUGGCAACAAAUACCCUCAACAGCAGCAACAUAUGCUCAAAUCAGAACCUUCUUCACACGAACAACAACGGGACACACAACAUAUAAAAACAGAACCACCACCUGAAAAACGGUUACGGUUAGAUCACCACCAACAAGGACAGUUAAAUAACUGGAAGUCUGCAGAAAUGCAACAACAAACAGAGCCCUCUAUACUAUAA